AUAAAUGUGGUACACGCGUCCUCUUCUUUUUCUCUAAUCCCACAUUUCUCUUUCCCCCUCACAAAAAUCGAUCUUGAUCCUCAACCAUCGGGCGAUUCAUUUGAGUUUUAAUCUCCGGCUUCUCUUUUUGCCCUCUUCGGUUCUUUCUCUUUUGGAUUGAGGUGAAGUUGAACUGCGUAAGAGCAGAAGGAACUUCUCUGCAUUUCCGCAUUCUUACACAAAAAUGGAGGAACAGUUCAUAUUAAGAGUCCCACCCUCUGUUGCAGAAAGGUUAGAUCGUUUACUGAGUGAAACUGCUUCUAAUUCUGAAGAACAAUCACUUGAUUUGUCUUUCUCUGAGGAUGGCAGGAGUGGCACCUUUGUCAUUGGCAACGAACAUUUCCCUGCUUCUCUCUCGGAUCUUCCUUGUGUUGUGGAGUCCUAUAAAACUUAUGAUGAUAGUGCAUUAGUCAAAACUGCAGAUAUUGGUCAGAUGAUUAUGGUUAGAGAAACAGGUGACACUGCUCCGGACGUAGUGGAGUACAGACAUGGACUCACGCCUCCUAUGAGGGAUGCUCGAAAACGAAGAUUUCGUAGAGAGCCAGACUUAAAUCCUGAGCUUGUCCGGCGCGUUGAGAGAGAUUUGCUGAACAUUAUGGCUGGUGUAACAGUCGAAAAUGCUGAUGCGGAAGCGAAUGAACAAGAGGAGGAUGGUGAUCAGAAUGCUCGUAAUGCAAGUAAGAAAACUACACCUGCACCUGCAGCAAAGCCAGAUGUUCAAGAGGCAGCAGCAAAUGCUGAGGAGCCUGAGAGAAGUGAUUCUGAUGAAUCAGACGAUUCAAUGUAAAUGUAAUCGAACACAGUAUGUAGAAGUUGUUAUCUUUGAAAUGGUGGAUGAUCGGCUGGAGCUGAAAUGAGGCUGUGGCAUCUUUCUAUAUAAUCAUCUAUAAUAUGUAGAUGAUUUAUCGUAUGUUUUAAUCAAAUACUGGAACAGAACAAGAACCAGUAGCCCUUGUAAGUGGCCUGAGCAAGCAACUGGUCUGCAUUUUAUGAUAGUUCAAGUUGAAUUUUGAAUAAAUGAUGAGUAGUUUAGCUCAUGUGCAUCUCUGUA